AUGGCGUUCUACGAUGAUGGCAACGCUUUAGACGACGCGGACUCCGUGAAAAUUAUCAUAAGCGUCUUCUUAGGUGUUUCUAUGAUACUCAGCGUAAUUGGAAAUGUGUGUACAUGUGCUGUCAUCGCCAGAGAUAAGACUAUGAGAACUCCAACAAAUUGCUACCUGUUCAAUCUCGCUAUAACUGAUCUCUGCUUUGCAUUGUUCGUGCCUAUAGAAAUCUAUAUAAUAUGGAUACCAGAUAUGUACCCCCUUGGAGAAGAAGGUUGUCGUCUACAUUUCCUACUCUCAGACCUCCUGUGCAAUUGCAACGUUCUCACUAUAGCAGCUUUUACCGUAGAAAGAUACUUGGUUAUCUCAAAACCAUUUUUAAGACAAAAAUUGACAUUAAAAUCGAGGGUUUUCAAGAUAAUAGCUGUAAUUUGGGCAAUAGCAUUCAUAUUUUGCGUACCCGAUAUAUUUUAUAUAGAUUUAUUGGAGAGAAAAAAAUAUGUUUACUGCUAUAUAACUGUUUCUGAUCCGAUUAGAAUUGUUUUAGCCAUGGAGGAGGUAGUGUUUUUUGUAGUGCCAAUGUCAAUUAUAUUUAUGUUGUACAUACUAAUAGCUAUAAAACUGAAAGCAGCAAAUCAAAGAUUAAGGAGUAGCCCGGCAAAUGGCAAGCAACACAGGGACAAAGCUGUAAAAAUGUUAGGUAAGUUUAGAUGUUAA